ACAGAUAUAGUAUCUUACUUCGUCCUUGUUAUAACCACAUCUAACUUGAUUUUUCGGCUGCUGUCUACGGUAUAUAAAGACUUAAGUUUUCGUAGAAAAUCAUUCACAUCUGUAGCUGAAUACCUCAAUAAACUUGAAAAUGUUCGCAAAGGUUGUUGUUCUUUUCGCUGCCAUCGCAGCUGUUCAAGGUAGUGGCCUUAUCGGAGCCGGCUAUGGAUAUGGAGCUGGAUAUGGAUUAGCCCGUGCACCAGCCCUUGUUGGAACGGCUGUAGUUCCCGCAGUCUCUUCUUCAAAAACCGCCAUCAACCACAUCGUCCCUGUCGGAAUUGCUGCUGCUCCCGUCGCCUUGACUGCUGCUCCUGUUGCUGUAGCUGCUGCUCCACUGGGUCUUGCUGGACAAAGAAUCGCCGCCGCUCCUUUUGCUUAUGGAAACGGACUGAUCGGUAACGGUCUUCUCGGUGCCGGUGUAGUAGGCCACGGAAUCGCUGCUGCCCCACUUGCUUAUGGAAACGGGCUAAUUGGUAACGGUCUUCUUGGUGCUGGUGUUGUAGGCCACGGAAUCGCUGCUGCGCCCCUUGCUUACGGCAAUGGAUAUCUUGGUUUGGGAGCUGGGAAACUCGCUGUUGGAGGAGGCCUUGCCAAGGCAAUCUUGUAAAAUUUUUGUUCUACGAUUUUCAGUGUAAAUAUGCUAAACUAAAUUAUUAAAUUAUACAACAAUAAAUUAUGAAUUUUA